AUGAACUGUGUAUACCAAAAUAGGUCAGGUGUUUGUGGCAUUUGUCAUAAAACAGUGUCUAAGAAGAGCAAGGACAAAUGCUUAACAUGUUUAGCAAAUAUCCAUGCAAAAUGUCUACCUGUGAAUCCAGAGGACAGCAAGUGUCUUUUUUGCAAAGGGCAGGAAAGAAGAAAUCCAGUUAAGGUAGAGGAGAGUACAGGACAAAGCAACCAAGACAACACAGGAGUUCAGGAAAUAGUCAGUUCAGGACAAAAUUAUGAUAAAGUUCAAAGAGAAGAUGAUCCAGGACAAAGCAACAAAGACUAUACAGCUCUUCAUGGAGAAGACAGUUCAAGACAAAGCAGCAGAGACAAAGAAGCUGAGGGAGAAGACCGUUCAGGACAAAGCAGCAGAGACAAAGAAGCUGAGGGAGAAGACAGUUCAGGACAAAGCAGCAGAGACAAAGAAGCUGAGGGAGAGGACAGUUCAGGACAAAGCAGCAGAGACAAAGAAGCUGAGGGAGAGGACAGUCCAGGACAAAGCUGCAGAGACAAAGAAGCUGAGGGAGAAGAUAUUUCAGGACAAAGCAGCAGAGACAAAGAAGCUGAGGGAGAGGACAGUUCAGGACAAAGCAGCAGAGACAAAGAAGCUGAGGGAGAAGAUAUUUCAGGACAAAGCAGCAGAGACAAAGAAGCUGAGGGAGAAGAUAUAUCAGGACAAAGCAGCAGAGACAAAGAAGCUGAGGGAGAAGAUAUUUCAGGACAAAGCAGCAGAGACAAAGAAGCUGAGGGAGAAGAUAUUUCAGGACAAAGUCCAGGAGAUCAGACAAGCCAAUUACCCAACCCACUUGUUAGGACUCCCCCCAUCACUAGUAAUGCCCCAACACACCAGGAGGAAGGAUUCAUCGUGGAAAGUGUUUUAAAAGUAUCAGACUUCCACCAAACAAAAAGAUACCUGGUCACAACUGAUGAACUGCAGAGAAGAUGUGCUCAACCGGAGAGCUACUCUGCAAACACUGUGGUGGCUUAUCUAAGAAAGGCCAAAGGUCAAAAAAGAAACAUAGAACAGAAGUUGGCAGAGUUGGAGGUGAAUCCUUCAAAACGCACAAAGUUAACUUCACUGUGCUCCAAACUUUGUGAAGCUAAAUUCAUACCCCAGAAGAAAGUGGGUCAAGCCUUGUUAGAGGAUGGAAAUGUCCACGAAGGCAUGGCCAAAACAGAGGACUGCAGAAAGACCCUAAAAGCUGUGGAAAAAGCUUUGGAGACGAACUGGCAUACAUUUGACCUGGCAACUCACGGUCUUGGGCCUGCAGUUAUAAAAGGCACUUUUGAAUUAAUUGAUGCAUGUCUUAAAGAGAAAAUGAAAGCAUUACAAUCAUGAAUUAGAACCAAUUUCAACUGUUUUGUCUGCUUACAUUAUGUUCAUAGUUAUAUACACUAGCUUCAUGCUUGAAACCUUGUUAUAUGCCUACUAACUACAAUAUGUGUUGGUUACUUUGUUGCUAAAAAUACAUUUGGGAUUGUUUUUUUUACUUUGUUAUGUACGUAUUUUAGUUUUUGAAUAUUGUUUUUGUGUGUACAAUGUAAUUGUAAAUAAAGAUUUACAAUCCUUUUUA